AUGUUACAACCACAACACGUCAUCGAAAUUAGUGGCGACGACGACGACGACGACGACGACGCGCCUGAGAUCGAAGAAAGUGAAUGGAAGAAGAAGCUGUUCGCGUCCGUGAAUGCCAUCCAGGCAGAACCUAAACUUGUAUCCUUCAAAAGCUACCAGGAGUUCGUCAACCCAGGUCUCAAGAUUGGAGGGCAGCAAAUAAUACCGCUACCUCUAACAGAUCACUAUACCGAUAUCAUCAAAGAGCUGAGCCACUCGGUUCAGGGUAUUGACAACAAGGCCCAGAACGUCUGGGAGCUUGACCAUGCGCAAUUCGACUUGCGAGAGCCAUAG